AUGUCCUCUUCUACAGCCCCAGCCGCGCAGGCCAACAGCGGCAGCUGGUCCGCCUUCCUCAAGUCCAUCGCAUCCUUCAAUGGCGAUCUGUCUUCUCUCACCGCGCCCCCUUUCAUCCUAUCCUCUCAAUCUCUCACCGAAUUCUCUGCAUACUGGGCCACGCACCCUCCCGUCCUAACCGCCCCAGCUGCCGAGUCUGAUCCCGCCAAGCGUACUAUGCUCGUCCUCAAGUGGUUCCUCUCGACUCUGAAGCACCAGUACGCCAGCCGAAGUGAGCAGUUUGGAAACGAAAAGAAGCCUCUGAACCCUUUCUUGGGUGAGCUUUUCCUCGGUACCUGGUCCGACGAGGCUGGCGAGACAACCCUUGUCUCAGAGCAGGUCAGCCACCAUCCUCCUGCUACCGCCUACUGCAUUCGCAACGACAAGACUGGUAUCGAGCUUGAGGGUUACAAUGCUCAGAAGGCCACUUUCAAGAGCACCAUCAUUGUCAAGCAGAUCGGUCACGCUGUCCUACGAAUUCCUCUUCCAUCUGGAGAGAUCGAAUCCUACCUCAUUACCCUCCCUGGUCUUCAUAUCGAGGGUCUGAUUUUUGGUGCUCCUUUUGUCGAGCUUGAUGGCUCAAGUCACAUCACUAGUUCCAGUGGCUUCACUGCCAAGAUUGACUAUAGCGGCAAGGGAUGGCUCUCAGGAAAGAAGAACACCAUCGUCGCCAGCGUUUAUCCUACGGGCAAGGAGAAGGAUGUUCUUUACAAUGUCACUGGCCAGUGGAACAAGGCCCUCGAGAUCUACUCAGGACCUGCCAAGUCUAACUCCAAGUCGACUCUUGUGAGCACCUACGACGCCGUCAACACCGCUCAGACUGAGCUCAAGGUUGCCCCCAUCGAUCAACAGCACCCUCUCGAGUCCCGGCGCGCCUGGUCUCGCGUUGCUGAUGCUAUCCAGAAGGGUGACAUGGACACCACAGGUGCUGAGAAGGGUAAGAUUGAGAAUGCCCAGCGUAACAUGCGCACCAAGGAGAAGUCUGAGGGUCGAACUUGGGACCGCCAGUACUUCACCGCUGUGGAGGGUCAAGACUCUGUCCUCGAGCAGCUCGGCUUGGUCGUCGGUGUACCUACUGAUGGAGAGGCCGACAAGACUGGUGGUCUCUGGCGAUUCGACAAGACCAAGGCUGAUGCUCGCGCUGCCCAGCAGCUCUCGGAGGAAGCUGUGGCCCAGAUGGAGAAGGAGCUUCUUGGUCGAUAG